GCGUGUAGCCGCGCUCAGGGGGGACGCGGGGCGGGGCCCGGCGGCGCCUGACCCGAGCGCGCCCGAGCGUGCCCGAGCGCGCGGCGGCCUCGACCCCCUGCCGCGAUCGGUGCGGAGGGGGUGUCCCCUAAGAGGCUUCGUCUGAGAAGGCGAGGGCGGGGGUGGAGACAGUGACGUCGCCAGGCUCCACCCCCUCGCCCGACCGCCGCCGUCGCCAUGUUUAGUUGUUACUUCUUCACACAAGAUGGCGGCUCCCACGGAGGAGGCAUGAGCGCCCUGCCGUUACCGCUCUGCCUGCCGUACAGUUGCCACUUCGGGGCCUAACUCUGGCUCUUGGAGCGGCUCCUGUGGGAAGGAGUCAUAAGGAGGGAAGCGAGGAUCGGACGCUGCCUUGCACUGGCUUUGCAGUGAAAGAACAGACUCAGGAGGAAGAGAAUAGGGGGGAAGCGGGAGCUCUUCUCAAGAUGGCGGCUCCCAGCGCGGCAGUCACAGCCUAAGCAGCAGAGCCGGUCAGAAGAGAAAGAACCAUGGCUUCGGCCGUGUCGCCUGCCAACUCGCCAGCGGUGCUCCUGCAGCCCCGCUGGAAGCGAGUAGUGGGCUGGUCGGGGCCGGUACCCCGACCCCGCCACGGCCACCGCGCCGUGGCCAUCAAGGAGCUCAUCGUGGUGUUUGGCGGCGGCAACGAGGGGAUAGUGGACGAACUGCACGUGUACAACACUGCAACCAACCAGUGGUUCAUCCCAGCCGUGCGAGGGGACAUCCCGCCAGGCUGCGCAGCCUAUGGCUUCGUGUGCGACGGGACUCGCUUAUUGGUGUUUGGCGGAAUGGUGGAGUAUGGGAAAUACAGCAACGACCUCUAUGAGCUUCAGGCAAGUCGUUGGGAGUGGAAGAGGCUCAAAGCAAAGACGCCCAAAAAUGGGCCCCCGCCGUGUCCUCGACUCGGGCAUAGCUUCUCCCUCGUGGGCAACAAAUGCUACCUGUUUGGGGGUCUGGCCAAUGACAGUGAGGACCCCAAGAACAACAUUCCGCGGUACCUGAAUGACUUAUACAUCCUGGAAUUGCGACCCGGCUCUGGAGUGGUGGCCUGGGACAUCCCCAUCACUUAUGGGGUCCUACCCCCACCCCGGGAGUCCCACACUGCUGUGGUCUACACUGAGAGAGACAACAAGAAAUCCAAGCUGGUGAUCUACGGAGGGAUGAGUGGCUGCAGGCUGGGGGACCUCUGGACCCUUGAUAUUGACACCCUGACGUGGAACAAGCCAAGCCUCAGUGGAGUGGCCCCUCUUCCUCGGAGUCUCCACUCGGCCACAACCAUAGGAAACAAGAUGUAUGUGUUUGGGGGCUGGGUGCCUCUCGUCAUGGAUGACGUCACAGUGGCCACACAUGAGAAGGAGUGGAAGUGCACCAACACCCUGGCUUGCCUCAACCUGGAUACCAUGGCCUGGGAGACCAUCCUGAUGGACACAAUGGAGGACAAUAUCCCCCGGGCUCGAGCUGGCCACUGCGCCGUGGCAAUCAGCACUCGCCUGUACAUUUGGAGUGGGCGUGACGGCUACAGAAAGGCCUGGAACAACCAGGUCUGCUGCAAGGACCUCUGGUACCUUGAGACAGAGAAGCCACCGGCCCCCUCCCGGGUGCAGCUGGUCCGUGCCAACACCAACUCCCUGGAGGUGAGCUGGGGGGCAGUGGCAACAGCCGACAGUUACCUCCUGCAGCUCCAGAAAUAUGACAUUCCUGCCACUGCUGCUACUGCCACACCCCCCACACCCACCCCGGUCCCAUCGGUGCCUGCCAACCCUCCCAAGAGCCCCGUGCCCGCGGUGGUGGCCCCCACUGUACAGCCGCUGGCCCAAGGCGGCAUCACGCUCCUGCCCCAGGCCGCUGCCGCCACGCCCCCAACCACCACCACCAUCCAGGUCUUGCGAACAGUGCCUGGCAGUUCCAUUUCUGUCCCCACUGCAGCCAGGACUCAAGAUGUCCCUGCUGUUCUCAAAGUGACUGGUCCUCAGGCCACUGCAGGAACCCCAUUGGUCACUAUGCGACCGGCCAGCCAGGCUGGGAAAGCCCCUGUCACUGUGACCUCUCUGCCUGCGGGGGUGCGAAUGGUGGUGCCAACCCAGAGUGCCCAGGGGACGGUGAUCGGCAGCAGCCCGCAGAUGAGUGGGAUGGCUGCACUGGCAGCGGCGGCGGCCGCCACACAGAAGAUCCCGCCUUCCUUGGCCCCCACGGUGCUGAGCGUGCCAGCGGGCACCACUAUUGUCAAAACUGUGGCAGUGACACCUGGCACCACCACACUCCCGGCCACGGUCAAGGUGGUGUCCAAACCAGUCAUGGUAAGCAACCCGGCCACACACAUGCUCAAGACUGCGGCCGCCCAGGUGGGCACGGCCAUCUCCUCGGCCGCCAACACAUCCACCCACCCCAUCAUCACGGUGCACAAGUCGGGGGCAGUGACAGUCGCCCAGCAGGCCCAGGUGGUGACCACCGUGGUGGGUGGGGUCACCAAGACCAUCACCCUGGUGAAAAGCCCCAUCUCCGUCCCAGGAGGCAGUGCGCUGAUCUCCAGUCUCGGCAAAGUGAUGUCAGUGGUGCAGACCAAACCAGUUCAGACCUCGGCAGUCACGGGCCAGGCUUCAGCGGGCCCCGUGACUCAGAUCAUCCAGACGAAAGGCCCCCUGCCCGCCGGGACCAUCCUGAAGCUGGUGACCUCAGCAGACGGCAAGCCCACCACUAUUAUCACCACCACGCAGGCCAGUGGGGCGGGGACCAAGCCCACCAUCCUGGGCGUCAGCAGUGUCUCCCCCAGCACCACCAAACCUGGCACCACCACCAUCAUUAAGACCAUCCCCAUGUUGGCCAUCAUCACCCAGGCGGGCGCCACUGGUGUCACCAGCAGUCCCGGCAUCAAGUCCCCCGUCGCCAUCAUCACCACCAAGGUCAUGACUUUGGGAACUGGGGCCCCUGCCAAGAUCAUCACCGCUGUCCCCAAAAUUGCCACCGGCCACGGGCAGCAGGGAGUGACCCAGGUGGUGCUGAAGGGGGCUCCCAGGCAGCCAGGUACCAUCCUCCGCACCAUGCCCAUGGGGGGUGUUCGCUUGGUGACCCCUGUCACCGUCUCCGCCGUCAAGCCAGCCGUCACCACGCUGGUUGUGAAGAGCACCAGAGGUGUCACCACCCUGGGCACAGUGACCGGGACGGUGUCCACCAGCCUCGCUGGAGCAGGGGGGCACAGCACUAGCGCCUCCCUGGCCACACCCAUCACCACGCUGGCUACCAUUGCCACUCUCUCCAGCCAAGUGAUCAACCCCACUGCCAUCACUGUGUCAGCCGCACAGACCACGCUGACAGCUGCCGGCGGGCUCACCACCCCCACCGUCACCAUGCAGCCUGUCUCCCAGCCUACCCAGGUGACCCUGAUCACAGCGCCCAGUGGGGUGGAGGCCCAGCCCGUGCACGACCUCCCUGUGUCCAUUCUGGCCUCACCCAAGACGGAGCAGCCCACAGCCACGGUCACCAUUGCUGACUCAGGCCAGGGUGACAGGCAGCCUGGCACCAUGACGUUGGUCUGCUCCAACCCUCCCUGUGAGACCCACGAGACGGGCACCACCAACAUGGCCACCACCACCAUCGUGGCCAAUCUGGGUGGGCACCCACAGCCCACCCAAGUCCAGUUCGUCUGUGACAGGCAGGAGGCGGCUGCCUCCCUGGUGAGCACCACGGUGGGACAGCAGAACGGCAACGUGGUUCGUGUCUGCUCCAACCCACCCUGCGAGACCCACGAGACGGGCACCACCAACACGACCACCACCGCCAUGUCCAACAUGGCCGGCCAGACUGUCUGCUCCAACCUGCCCUGCGAGACCCACGAGACGGGCACCACCAGCACCGCCACCACCGCCAUGUCCCACAUGGGCACGGGCCCACCAGCACCUGCCAGCCAGCAGCAUGAGAGCCACCACCACUGUGCUGCAGCCAGCACCCCCACCGCGGUUCAGGUCAGGCCCCAGUGCCAAACCCACCAGACCAGCUCCACCAGCACCACCAUGACUGUGAUGGCUGGAGGGCUGCCAUGCUUGGCCACCCCCUUCAUCAAGCCAGACCAGGCCUUGGAAGCCAGCAGCAGCUGUGCCAGUCCCGGUGGGAAGGUGGGGCCGAGUGGCCCUGGCAGCACGGACAGCCUUGUCACAGGCCUUGGGCAGCUGGUGCCCCUUGGGCGGCCGCUGGAGACAUGCCACCCCCACGCAACCACGGCCUGCUCCGCUGUGGGCACAGGGGAGCCUGGUGAGCUGCAGGCGAGCCCCAGGCCUGCAUGUGAGAGCCACAAGGCCAGCUUGAUGAGCACUGCUGCAAAGGUGCUGGCCCUGGAGGCGCUGCUGGGCCCCUCAGCUCCCACCACCCAGGUCUGCUCCAACCCCCACUGCGAGACCCACGAGACGGACACCACCCACACGGCCACCACCACACCCGCCAGCAGCGUGCAACGGGUCUGGUCCAACCCCCCCUGCGAGACCCAUGAGACAGGCACCACCCACGCGGCCACCACCGCCACCUCGAACGUGGGCAUGGGCCAGCCUGAGGGCGGCCAGCAGCCCCCUGCCAGCCGGCCCUGUGAGAUGCACCAGACCACCUCUACCGGCACCACCAUGACCGUCAGUGUGGGCACCCUGCUCCCCGACAACGGCGCCUCCCACAGGGACCCGGGGGCCGGCAUGGAUGUGGCGGCCCUGAGCAGCAGUGCCACCCAGGCCGGCCCAGCCCUGCUGGUUCCCUUCCUGACACAGCGGGUCUGUUCCAACCCGCCCUGCGAGACCCACGAGACAGGCACCACCCACACGGCCACCACCAUCACCUCAAACAUGAGCUCUAACCAAGAGCCUCCGCCGGCCACCAGUGAUCAGGGAGAGGCCCAGAGCACCCUGGGGGACAACGGGAACCUCCCUAGCUCUAGUGCUGUGACGACGAUUGUGUCCUCCACACUGACACGAGCGGUGACCACUGUGACCCAGUCCACGCCAGUGCCAGGCCCCUCCGUGCCGCCCACAGAGGAGCUCCAGGUCUCGCCCGGGCCGCGCCAGCAGCUGCCCCCACGGCAUCUCCUGCAGCCCGCCUCCACGCCCCUGCUGGGGGAGCCUGCUGACGUCCUAUCAGCCUCCCAGGCCCCUGAGCUCCGGGCAGCCGUGGACCUGAGCAGCACUGGGGACCCAUCCUUGGGUCAGGAACCCGCCGGCUCGGCAGUGGUGGCCACUGUGGUGGUCCGGCCGCCCCCGCCCCUGCAGGCCGAGGUCGAGCAGUUAUCACUGCCCCAGGAUCUGAUGGCUGAGGCCCAGGCAGGCACUGCCACCCUCAUGGUGACGGGGCUCACUCCCGAGGAGCUGGCAGUGACUGAUGUGGCUGAGGUGGCCGGUCAGGCUGCAGCCACGGAGGAAGCCCAGGCGCUGGCCAUCCAGAUGGUACUCCAGGCCACCCAGCAGGCUAUCAUGGGCACCGGGGAGCCCAUGGACACGUUUGAAGCAGCAGCCACUGUGACCCAGGCGGACCUGGGGCAUCUGUCAGCAGAGGGCCAGGAGGGCCAGCCCACCACCAUCCCCAUCGUGCUCACCCAGCAGGAGCUGGCUGCCCUGGUGCAGCAGCAGCUGCAGGAGGCCCAGGCCCAGGCCCAGCAUCACCACCUCCCCACCGAGGCCCUGGCCCCUGCCGAUAGCCUCAAUGACCCGACCAUCGAGGGCAGCUGCCUCAACGAGCUGCCCGGCGCCAUCCCCGCCACCGUGGCCUUGCUGCCCUCCACGGCCACUGAGAGUUUGGCUCCAUCUAACACAUUCGUGGCCCCCCAGCCAGUGGUAGUCACCAGCACGGCAAAGCUGCAGGCCGCAGCCACCCUGACGGAAGUAGCCAACAGCAUCGAGUCCAUCGGGGUGAAGCCUGACCUACUCCCACCACCCAGCAAAGCCCCCGUGAAGAAGGAGAACCAGUGGUUUGACGUGGGUGUUAUCAAGGGCACCAACGUAACGGUGACAUACUAUUUCCUGCCACCAGAUGAUGCCGCCCAAUCUGACGGUGACUCGGGCACCGUCCCAGACUACAACCAGCUGAAGAAGCAAGAGCUGCAGCCGGGCACAGCCUAUAAGUUCCGCGUGGCUGGGAUCAACGCCUGCGGCCGGGGGCCUUUCAGUGAGAUUUCAGCCUUUAAGACGUGUCUGCCUGGCUUCCCAGGGGCGCCUUGUGCCAUCAAAAUCAGCAAAAGCCUGGACGGGGCCCACCUCACCUGGGAGCCGCCUUCUGUGACCUCCGGCAAGAUCAUUGAGUACUCGGUCUACCUGGCCAUCCAGAGCUUGCAGGCCAGCGGCGAGCCCAAGAGCUUGGCCCCAGCGCAGCUGGCCUUCAUGCGGGUGUACUGUGGGCCCAGCCCCUCCUGCCUGGUGCAGUCAUCCAGCCUCUCCAACGCCCACAUCGAUUACACCACCAAGCCCGCCAUCAUCUUCCGCAUCGCUGCCCGCAACGAGAAGGGCUACGGCCCCGCCACGCAAGUCAGGUGGCUGCAAGAGACUAGUAAAGACAGUUCUGGCACCAAGCUGGCCAGCAAGCGGCCCAUGUCCUCUCCCGAAAUGUAAGCAAGAAGCCCCUUUCCAGAGUCUUCUGAGUCUGGGGUUGGCCAGCUCUUAGGAAGAAGGGACGCUGGAAGGAGUAGGGGGAGUGUAACUGGCCCGGCAAGGCCCUGACGGUGCUGUUCAGCAGUCUCACUGACCCUUGUCUUCUCUCUCUCCUUCCAUCUCUGAAGGAAGUCUGCUCCAAAGAAAUCUAAGGCAGACGGUCAUUGAGAGGAAGACGGCCGCACCCGGACUCUUCUCCCGGCUCCUCCUGCCCCCUUUUCUGCU